CCGACGAAUCACUUGCGGUGAUAAUGUGAUCCUGGCCCUGUGGUUGCAGCGUAUAUCCUCUGAAGAUCUUCUUGGGCAAUCGAUUCGGUUCUGCCGACAAAAAUUUUGAAUAGAGCAUCGUCGUUUACACAUUGUGCAACGGAGCUCGGGAUAUCUUCUAGAUAAGGAUUAUUAUCCCGUGGACGACGUGGCAGCUGCAUAGUCAACCCCCCUCCCCCUCUCGUCUUCUACUUAUACCUCUAUUUGAUCUACGAUAUACGAAGAUAUCCUACACAUAGAUCGAUAUAUUCUACAUAUAUACAAUUUAUAUAGAAAAAAGUUCAAAAAUGGCGCAAAUGGAACAGCAGUUACCAAUUCCAGUGCCAGAUCUAAGCACCUUAAGGAUUACUACAGCCGUAUCCAUGCUUGGAAAAGCUUAUGGAUGUGGGCAAUGCAGUGCUCCGCCACCCGGGCCGACCACCAGCACCCCUGUUGGAGCUGCUGGGGCUACAGGAAGCAGCGUUGUGGCUCCAAGCUCCUUGGCUCUGGUUCCCGCACAACAGACACACACACCUCCUCAACCCCCUGAGUUACCUAAAGACAAAGACGAUCAUUCUGACGAGCAACCCAUUGCAGUGUUUUCAUGCCCACGGAGACCAAACAUUGGAAGAGAGGGUCGUCCGAUAAGCCUCAGGGCAAAUCAUUUCCAGAUAACGAUGCCUCGGGGUUUCGUACACCACUACGACAUCAACAUCCAGCCCGACAAAUGCCCUCGGAAAGUGAACAGAGAAAUUAUAGAGACUAUGGUACAUGCGUACAGCAAAAUAUUUGGCACUCUGAAACCAGUUUUUGACGGUAGAAAUAAUCUUUACACAAGGGACCCGUUGCCUAUUGGUAAUGAUAGAAUAGAACUCGAGGUGACGUUGCCUGGCGAAGGCAAAGACAGAGUUUUUCGAGUGGUGAUCAAGUGGGUUGCCCAGGUUUCUCUGUUUGCUUUAGAAGAGGCUCUUGAAGGUCGCACUAGGCAAAUCCCUUAUGAUGCAAUUCUCGCAUUAGACGUUGUCAUGAGACAUUUACCCUCCAUGACUUACACUCCAGUUGGUAGAUCAUUUUUUAGCAGCCCAGAUGGCUACUACCACCCUUUAGGUGGAGGUCGGGAAGUCUGGUUUGGGUUCCAUCAGUCCGUUAGGCCAUCACAGUGGAAAAUGAUGCUCAAUAUUGAUGUGUCUGCCACCGCUUUCUAUAAGGCACAACCAGUUAUAGAAUUUAUGUGCGAGGUUUUGGACAUUCGAGAUAUAAACGAACAGCGUAAGCCAUUAACGGAUUCUCAAAGAGUGAAAUUCACAAAGGAGAUCAAGGGCCUUAAAAUCGAAAUUACCCAUUGUGGUACGAUGAGAAGAAAAUAUAGAGUGUGUAACGUAACCCGGAAACCUGCGCAAAUGCAAUCUUUCCCACUGCAGCUGGAAAACGGACAGACGGUCGAAUGUACAGUUGCCAAAUACUUCUUAGACAAAUAUAAAAUGAAAUUGAGGUAUCCGCAUCUUCCGUGUCUCCAGGUUGGCCAAGAACACAAACACACCUACUUGCCUCUUGAGGUCUGCAACAUAGUAGCCGGUCAACGUUGUAUAAAAAAACUAACAGACAUGCAAACAUCUACGAUGAUAAAAGCUACAGCAAGAUCAGCACCAGACCGAGAGAGAGAGAUAAACAAUCUAGUCAGAAGGGCAGAUUUUAACAACGAUUCUUACGUUCAAGAAUUCGGUCUCACAAUAUCAAACAACAUGAUGGAGGUCAGGGGUCGCGUGUUGCCACCACCAAAACUUCAGUAUGGAGGUCGCGUCAGCUCGUUAAGCGGACAAACGAAGCAACAGGCGCUACCCAAUCAAGGAGUGUGGGAUAUGAGGGGCAAGCAGUUCUUUACCGGAGUUGAAAUCAGAGUGUGGGCCAUCGCUUGUUUCGCACCUCAAAGAACCGUGCGCGAGGACGCCCUCAGAUCUUUUACAAGUCAGCUACAAAAGAUAAGCAACGAUGCAGGAAUGCCCAUAAUUGGGCAACCCUGUUUCUGUAAAUAUGCCAAUGGUCCGGACCAAGUCGAACCAAUGUUUAGAUACCUCAAAACAACAUUCCAGGCACUACAACUCGUCUGCGUAGUUCUGCCGGGAAAAACACCCGUCUAUGCUGAAGUCAAAAGAGUGGGUGAUACUCUCUUAGGUAUGGCGACGCAGUGUGUGCAGGCUAAGAACGUAAACAAGACGUCACCACAGACAUUAUCGAAUCUUUGUUUGAAGAUAAACGUUAAGUUGGGUGGAAUAAACAGCAUUUUGGUGCCAAGUAUUAGACCCAAGGUAUUCAACGAGCCGGUAAUAUUUCUUGGGGCUGAUGUAACGCACCCACCUGCCGGUGACAACAAAAAACCAAGCAUAGCAGCCGUUGUCGGCAGUAUGGACGCUCAUCCCUCAAGAUAUGCUGCAACAGUCAGAGUCCAACAACACAGACAAGAAAUAAUCCAGGAGCUAAGCUCCAUGGUCAGAGAACUUUUGAUCAUGUUUUACAAAAGUACCGGUGGCUACAAGCCCCAUAGGAUAAUUUUAUACCGAGAUGGAGUAUCCGAGGGUCAAUUUUUGCAUGUACUUCAACAUGAAUUGACGGCUAUCCGUGAAGCGUGUAUAAAACUCGAGGCAGAUUACAAGCCUGGUAUAACAUUUAUAGUUGUACAGAAGAGGCAUCACACGCGUCUGUUUUGCGCAGACAAAAAAGAACAAAGCGGUAAAAGCGGGAAUAUACCGGCAGGCACAACAGUUGACGUGUGCAUCACCCAUCCUACCGAGUUUGAUUUUUAUCUGUGCAGUCAUCAGGGUAUACAGGGUACGUCGAGACCGUCGCAUUACCACGUGCUGUGGGAUGACAACCAUUUCGAAAGUGACGAACUUCAAUGUUUGACAUAUCAACUAUGCCACACAUACGUCAGAUGUACAAGAUCUGUCAGUAUUCCUGCGCCCGCAUACUACGCUCAUUUGGUAGCAUUCAGAGCGCGGUAUCACUUAGUAGAAAAGGAGCACGAUAGCGGUGAGGGUUCUCACCAAUCUGGUUGUAGCGAAGACAGAACCCCCGGGGCAAUGGCGCGAGCAAUAACCGUUCACGCCGACACGAAACGUGUAAUGUAUUUCGCAUAAGUGUUUCAUGAAAAUCAUACGAUUAGAUUGAAUUGUACAAAAAACACGGAAAAAGUAAGCAUGAAAAAUAAUCCAACAAACAUAAAGCAAACAAACUUAGCCAUCUGAUGAGAUGUAAUUAAAAGAAAAAACUCAUGCCACAACACCGCGCCAAAAUAAAAAUCAACAUAAAAAAGUGACUAGGAAAGGGAUAAACUAUUGGUAAAAAUAACAAGCGAAAAGCAUAACUAUGCCAAUUCCUUGGUCUCUGAAAUUUUCUCUUGUCAUAUCUUCUUUUUUCAUUCGCGUGAUAAAACAAAGAAUUACAAAUAAAACACGAGAAACAAUCUUUAGAAUAUAGAAACGAAACAAACCAAUCUUCUUAUGAUAGUAUACAAAGAUACACGAAAAUAUAUAAAUACAUGAUAGUAUCAUAGGUUUAGCACGCUACUUAAAAAAAGCGAAAUAAAAAAAAACAGAUAAAAUAACGAGAAGAGAAAAGAAGAACGAAGAAGAAUUAAAGUUGCAUGUUAAACGACAAUCCUUAUUAAGGGUGAAUCAAUUCAUUAUUCAAUAUUAGCAGGUGAAGAUAGACUAAUAUUUUUCCAGAGUUCGGAUUUAUUCAUAUCGCUAUAUUUUUUUUUUUUUUUUUUUGUGUCAUCUUUUACAAUGCUUAAUAUUCUCUACCUUUUACUCUGUGUAAAAUUUGGUAUAACUUAAAUUCAGUAAUGUUUGAUCGUAAAUUAUUGUAUGUACAGAUUUUUUUUUCUUUUGAAGGUGCUUUAUUUAGGAUUCGUUGAUGAAUCAAACAAUGAUUCAUGAUCAUGAUUUUAAUUAUUAUACAUGUUUAUGUAGAUACUACAAACAAAAUUUUUGCAGCUCGUUAAUGACUUGUUUUUGUUUAAAAAUAUGUUUUUUCUGCUCACAAAUUAGGUGAAAAAAAGUAACCGCAGUAACAAAAAAAAAAAAACAACAAACAAACAGCCAGAGUUUGAUAUGAAGCAGUUAAAAGUAAAAAUUUAUAAAGGUACUUGUUGGAGGAAAAAAAAAUUAUAUCAUUUCGCUCUACAUACCAUACCUACGGUAUAGACAUUUUUAUUUCAUUUUUAUUUUUUUUCCUAUUUUCAUUUACGGCUGCGAAAGCAAAGUUACGCUUAUCUAAAUAAAACGAACAUAUAAAAAAGAAAAUUAAACAACAAACGAAAUAAUUCAGUACAGAUAAAGUUGAAUGACCGACAACAAAAUGAAUGGAGUGUUUUACUAGCAGUUAUUAGUUUUUAAGCUAAGUUUAGCAAAUGGGACAAGCAAAACACAGAAAAGAGAAAAUUAUAUCAGAAAAAAUGAAUAUGGAAUAACAGAUCACCGCCGCAAUGCAAAUCAUACGACAAAUUAUAUUCAUACAUGUAUUAUAAUAUUAUUAUUACUGUCGUCAUGAACACAAAAACAAUAUACAGUUGCGUAUAAUAAUAAUGAUAAUGAUAAUAACAAUAAUAGUAAUAAUAAUAACGAUAAUAAUUCAAUCACGAUGAUCUUCAGUAAUAACAACAAUAAUAAUAAUUAUAAAAACAUCAAAUUAAUAACAAAAACAUGAAAUUAGAAUAGGAUGUUUUGCUUUUCUCUCUCGUAUACGCGAUGAUUCGAGGAAGAAGGCGAAACCACAAACGAAGAAUGGGAUAGAAAUGAUGUGAAAGCAGAAUUUCUAUGUCGUAAAAGUUGAAGAAUAUAAACAAAAAAAAGCAACAACACUUGAGCUAUAACAAUCCAUUAUAUCGUAAUCAAAUAUUACAGGUGUAUCGUGAAUAUUACGAAAAUGAACACCACCGUCGUUGCUAUAAGAAAAUAAAUUAUUAGAUAUUUAGUUAUACAUUCGAUAUACAGGGUGUUCGCAGAUUGACGCGAUUCCUCGAAACAGUGAAUCUCCCUCUCGGCAAAAACAAGAUAGAAAGACUAAAAAGCACGUACUCUCACGAAACUGCUCUUAUUAAGGCACCGUUGAUGCCUGGAAAUUUUCGAAUCUACUUUUUCGUUUUUAGAGAGAAAUGAGCUGAUCAGAGGAAGCGGUAAUUCCUGGAAACUCCGUAUAUACUAUACAUACUUUAAAAAUUAAUAAACUUAAAUUAAAUUGAAAUAAACACUUUUAAAGUAUUAAUAAAUAACGGGUUUCAAGUUCGUCUAUCGAAAGCUGCGUUUAAUUAUUCUUAUUCUUAUUGUUAUCGUUAUCAAUAUUAUCAUCUUGUUAUCACGAAAUAUUAUAAUUAAUUCAUGCAGCAAUUACGAAUAAUUAAGAAUAUUCCCUAUGAAUUUGAACGGGAAACUUGGAGGGCAUUCUUCAUUUUUCAUCAACUUGAUGUUAUUAUUUUUUGUCUAAAUUUACGCCUAAUUUUUUGAUCUUCGAUAUCGAUAAGCUAAUUGAGCAAGUACAAUCGAAGCAACUUUGUUAGUAUACCAUCAAAUUACUUAUGAAAGUUUAAUAAUAAUUAUAAUGAUGAUGAUAAUUAAACAAAAAUAAAAAUAGAUUCUAACAAUCAUAAUAAUUAUUGUCUAUUCAAGACAGAAGAAUAGAUAAUAAUCAAAAUAUAAAUAUUCUCUCAUAUCUGAUCAUGAACAAGGAACAGCAAUAAUAAAUCGAACUUGAUCAUUAUUGUUACAAUUAUUUAUAAAUUUUUUUAUUAUCAUUCGAAUAUCUUCGCAUGUAUUGAAUAAUAACAACAAUAACGCAAAGUAAACAUCAAAAAAGUUUAGAAAUGAUCACGCAUACAUAUGUGACAACAAAUGAGUUAAAUGAACGCCGAACUAAAGAAAAUCAUAAUAAUAAUUUUUAAAAUAUAUAUGUACACAAUAUUAAACGGUAUAAACUUACACCGGUACCAAUAAUAGUGUUUCAACAAUAAUAACGAUAAUAAUAGAUGUAUGGUAAUUGUAUGUAAUCCACCCGAAAAAUUGUUGAAUACUUACUUAUCCAUAAUAAUACCAACAACAGCGACGACAACAACAACUAUAAUAAAGAUAAUACAUAUGAUGAUGAUAAUGAUAAUGAUAAUAAUGGAAAUAAUGAUAAUGAUAAUGAUAAUCCUACUGAAAUAGUGCGUUACAUAUAUGAUUAUUCAGAUUACUUUUAUUUUUAUGAAAAGACGAAUUAUUCUUGCUCAUCGUGAUCAUUAUCAUUGUGAUUACUAUUCAUCGACUUGUAUAAUGCCGAUGACGAUGAUGAAGAUAAUAGUAUUAGGUAACUACAGCAACAACAGUGGAAAGUAUGAAAUAAAAAAUGGGUUUGACUUAUACAUAGUAUACAUACAUACUAUAUCAAUAAUAUUUAUUUUAGUCUUAAUGAUUUUGUUAUCAAAUAAUAAUAAUGAUUUUAAUUAUUACGAUGAUAAUAACAAUAAUAGUAAUAACAAUAAUAGUAAUAAUGAUAAUGACGAUAACAACAAUAAUAACAUUAACUAACAAUGAUGAUUAAUAGGGAAAGUAAACAUGUUCAUGUUUAUUGAUAGAACGAUGACGAUGAUGACGUUGAUGAUGUUGAUUUAAGGCGAAUGAAGAAAGCUAAUACAUUGCGAAAACAGAGAUCGGUAGUACCAAUCUACAAUUAUUAUAUUUAUAUGAUAGAAUAUAGAGGUAUAUAAAUGCUAUACAUACUAAUAAUUACUAUACCUAGUGUCUGACUUCAUGAAAAUUAGUUAAUUUUUUGUGGCUCCAAUUCUUCGGUAAUAGAUAAAAAGUAUAGAAUAAUGAAUAACAAAUAUAAAGAUUAAUACUUAUACACGCAUAUAUAUUUAUAUGUAAAGUCUCUAGAGGAGAAACAAAAAAUGAAAUCGCCGAGACUUACAGUAAUAACAAUAUCAAUACAACAACAACCUUCUUCAACAAUAAUGAUGAUAAGGAUAUUAAUAUCAUCGGCAGUAAAACUGUAGAGUUCUUGAGUAUACUCGUUUCCCGAUUUUUUUAAAAGUGUUUUUCUCAUCAGACGAGCAAAAACGAAAGGUCAAAUAAGCAGCAACUUCAUGUAAUAAUAUCUACACAUCUCCACAUUAAAUUAUUUGGAGGUUCCAAAACCACCAGAAAGAAAGAUCAUGUUGAUUGCACAGUAAUCAAAAUAACAUCGCCCAACAUUCGUGAAUAAAAUCACACUGAAACAACAAUGAAAACAACAAUAUAAAUGCUUGAGAAGAUGAAAAAACCAAAUUGAUAUAGUAUGUCUAUACUAUAAUAUAAUGUAUAAUGAUAUGGGUAAUAGUAACGAUAAAAACAAAUUCAGCAUCAAUAUUCAUACAUAUAUAUUCAUCUCUGAUAAGUAUAAAUAUCAUCAUUAUAUAAUUAAAUUAUAAAGUACGAUCAAUACGAAUUAUUAUAAAAUGUUGAACUGGAAUGAGGCCAUACAGAUCUAUAUUAGAUUUUUAAUCAAUAAGAUUGGAUCAUUUACCUAUGCAACCUUUAGAUCAAUUCCCACGAAAUAUCUUAAUAUAGAUAUCGAAACAAAAUAUUUAAAUUUAUGAAUUGUAGACGUGCAGGUAUGAUAACAAUAACAAUAGCAUUAAUUAAUUGAUUUAGGACCAAAGUAAAGUUGCGGGGCAAGAUGAAUAAAACAAA